CUUAAAUCCACCGCGAAAAGUCCCUUUUCCCGCUACGGCGAAAUUAAAUCCCCGUGAACUUAGAUACAUUUACAGUACCAUGGACUGCAUAGCACUACUGUUUGUUUAGUAACGCACGAAUACCCUUGGCGGAGUGUCAGGCCCUGCCACUGUAGUUGUGUGUAUAAUAGUGUGAAGCGCAGCCAUGAAGUUUUUCACUCCGUUUCUUUCAGUGACUGUAACGUCGCUGUUUCUCCAAUCCUGCCAGCCUGCCGUUGGAAAAAAGGUCCUUUUGGUACCCGUGCCGUUUGCAGAGAGCCAUUGGAUGGCCCAGGCCAGCCUAGGACGUGCCUUGGUGAACAGAGGCCAUGUUGUGACCGCUCUGAUGUCAGCAGAUAGUUUGGCGGAGCGACGGUCUGCAGAGUUUCUGUUUGAGACCUUCGAUGACCAUGGCACCCGCGCAAGGCUGAAGGCGCUCGAAAGUCAGGUCUCCAAUGCUGCAGAGAUGUCUCUUGUGGGGGUGAUACAAGCGGUGAGCAUGCUGCCGCUGGAGAUGGCGAAACACUGCGAUUUUUUGUUUGGGGACGGUGAACUGUUGCAGCGACUGAGAGAAUCACGCUACGGUGCCGUGGUCACCGACCCUUUCUUUCCUUGCGGAGCCAUCCUCGCGGCGCACCUCCGGGUCCCUCAUGUCGUCCACCUGCGGUCGAACCCCUACCGCAUCGACCUCGCGGCCACAGGAGUCCCCCAACCCCCGGCCUACGUGCCAGACUCGCUGCUGCCUUUCACCGACCAUAUGACAUUUCUACAAAGGACGCAGAACGUUGUCGUCUCCGCCCUUGUGUCUCUGUUGUCCCAAUGGAUUCUAGGCAGCAACUUCGACGGUUUAGCCCGUAAGUUUGUAGGCGAGGACGAGACCCUUCUAAGCGCCAUGUCGCGCGCCGACUUGUGGCUGUAUCAAACAGACAACGUCUUGGAUUUUCCCGCGCCCUCCAUGCCCAACAUGAUCCAGGUCGGCGGGUUGAACGUCCGGGAGGUCGUCCCCCUUGCUGCAGACCUGGAAACGUUUGUCCAGAGCUCUGGAGAGGAUGGCGUGGUGGUGGUCAGCUUUGGAUCGAUCGUCAAGACGAUGCCCACGGAAAGAGCUGAGGUGUGGGCAGCAGCCCUGGCGAGGCUCCGACAGAAGGUGGUGUGGCGGUACACGGGAGAGAAGCCGGCCGGGCUGGGCACCAACACCAAGCUGAUGGCCUGGCUGCCGCAGAAUGAUCUGCUGGGUCACCCCAAGACCCGAGCCUUCGUCACCCACGCGGGCUACAACGGCGUGAGCGAAGCCCUGCACCACGGCGUGCCGAUGGUUUGCGUGCCGUUUUUCGGGGACCAGCCUUCUAACGCCGCCCGGGUGGUGGCCAGGGGACUGGGGGUGAAGGUGGAGUUCAGCACGGUCACUGCGGACGAGUUGUACCAGGCCAUUCUACAUGUUCUUACCAACAACAGCUACCAAGAGACGGCAGCCCGCCUGUCCCACCUGCACCGUGACCAGCCCCAGUCACCCAUGGAGCGGGCCGUCUGGUGGAUAGAACACGUCAUCAAACAUGGCGGACUACCCCAUCUCCGCGCACGCGCCGUGGAGCUGCCGUGGUACCAGUACCACCUGCUAGACGUGGCCGCGUUCCUGCUGGCCGUCGGUACAGCUGUUCUGAGUACCGUGUGGUACAGCUGUUCGUUACUCUGUAGGAUGUGUUGCCGCAAAAGUUCUGACAAACUCAAACGGCAAUAGGCGAAAAUGACGUAGUUACAGAUUCGCCAUAGUGAAAACUGUUUUAAUCCGUCUGCAUCGAUGGGUUCCACCGUCUU